AUGUUCUGCACUGUAACUUGCUAUGCUGCGUAUGAAACAAAUGGUCUCAUGACUUGACCAGGAAAACCUCCGGGCCCUAACCCUAGUCCGUAUUGUUGUUGUUGUGUUGUUCCACAGGGGUUGGCUGCAAAGUCCAACGGGACGUCUUAUGACAUCUCCACCCUAAACUCGGGGGAGAAUAGACCGGUCUGUCUGGACCUGUACUCCACCCCACAGUAUAAAAUGGACCAAACCAAUAACAUCAAAGGUGGGUUUUUACUGUACUGUGCACACACUGGGCAAAAGCUUCUGCUCGCAACACGUGCUGUGAGCAAACGCACUGUGAAAUGUUUUAAUCUGCGGCACAAUUUCUGUGAGGAGGAAAUUGAGUUUUAGUGAACUGGGCCCUGGUCAAUAGUAGUGCGCUAUAAAGGCAAUAGGGUGCUGUACAGCUCGCCAGUUGGUGGUCCUAAAAGCCGGGACUGAAACUUCUUGUUCAGCCAUUUCUAUGGGGGGAAAUGAAUGGGGAAAGAAUGGGGUUUUGGGAUAAACGCUGAGAAUAAGGUCUGAGGUUAACACAGGCUUAGGAGAUCUUAUACGUUUUGGUUCUAUGAGAUAAUAUCAGUCAGUUAACAUGUCCUUUAUGAAUUAUGAAGCUUUAUGUGCUUAUUUUGAUAUCGUAAAUGCUUCAAAAUUCACAAAAAAGUGACAUUAGCUUAUGAAGAUUAUCUCAUAGAAUAACAUGUAUAUUAUCUAAGCCUGUGUUUACCACAGACCUUAUUUUCAGAGUUCAUCCAAAACCCCUCCAGAAAACCCAUUCAUUUCCACAUAGGCUUUACCCAACGAGCCAAGGCAGAGUUAGCCACCGUUGGUGACUACAAAAAGACGCCAUUACUAUUUCUCUUUAUACUAUACCUUCUGUAUGUACUGUAGAUGUACUAAAUAACAUAUCUGGAUAUCUGUAUAUCUUUAUCUAAACAGAGAAGAAGGAUGGAGGUGUGUACGAUGUCAGUCCAACCCUGGGAGGAGAGACUGCUGGGAUGGAGGAGGAGGAGAAGGAACAGGGGGAUGAGGAGGAAGAGGGGAAGGAGGGCAGAGUGAAUGCUGUUGUAACAGUGUUCAGGUUCAUUAUGAAGCAGAGCUAUAUCUGUGCUCUCAUAGCCAUGAUGGUGAGUAAACACAGUGACUGUGGUCCCUCUGGUGACUGUGGUCCCCCUGGUGACUGUGGUCCCCCUGGUGACUGUGGUCCCCCUGGUGACUCUGGCCCCCCUGGUGACUGUGGUCCCUCUGGUGACUGUGGUCCCCCUGGUGACUGUGGUCCCCCUGGUGACUGUUGUCCCCCUGGUGACUGUGAUCCCCCUGGUGACUGUGGUCCCCCUGGUGACUCUGGUCCCCCUGGUGACUCUGGUCCCCCUGGUGACUGUGGUCCCCCUGGUGACUGUGGUGACUCUGGUCCCUCUGGUGACUGUGGUCCCCCUGGUGACUCUGGUCCCCCUGGUGACUGUGGUCCCCCUGGUGACUGUGGUGACUCUGGUCCCUCUGGUGACUGUGGUCCUCCUGGUGACUGUGGUCCCUCUGGUGACUCUGGUGACUGUGGUCCUCCUGGUGACUGUGGUCCCCCUGGUGACUGUGGUCCUCCUGGUGACUGUGGUCCCUCUGGUCCCUCUGGUGACUGUGGUCCCCCUGGUGACUGUGGUCCUCCUGGUGACUGUGGUCCCUCUGGUGACUCUGGUGACUGUGCUCACGUCAAGGCUAAAGAAAGCAUACUGUAUGCAGUCUGACAAGGCCUAACGAAGUUGAUUUACUGUUUAAAAAAUUCCCUGCUUCACAUUUCUUCCCCCCAUUUUUGUUUUUAACAAUUAAUUUCAUUCAUAUGAAUCAUGAACGAUUAUUUUGGACGAAACAAACUAUACACUUCCCCACUGUAGUAGUUGGAAUUCAGUUCAAUUGCGGUGAAUCGAAUCAUGUGAAUAAAAUUAGUCAUCUGUGAAUCACGAACAGUAAUUGAGCUGUAGCCUUCCUUUUGGAUUAUGUGGCUGCAAAACUUGUUUUGUAGAUAUUUCCAGUUGAUUUGGGCAUCCAAUGUAUGGGAUAUUGCAACUCAAUAGAUGCUAGUUACCCUGACCAGGACUGGUCCCUGUGACUGUCAUUACAAAAUCAUUAUACCAAAAUGCUAAAAUCGCUUGGGAAGGUCACUAGGUGAUGUACUAAGGUUGUUUUAGAAUUUUAUAUUUUUAUUUGCUCGCCUCACUUUUCAAAAAAAUGAAAUCCAUUAAACAGUAAAUCAACAUUGUAUAGCCUAACUUACUAUAAACUGUUUUUGUGAUCGGGAUCAUACUAGGUCUACCUAUGUUUUUUUUGAGGAAUUGUAGACUCAGAGGGGUGGGGAAGUUUGAUUAUAUAUGUAUUAUAUAUUAUAUAUAUAUCUAUCUAUAAUAUAUGUAUAGAUUAUAUAUAUAUAUAAUAUAAAUAUAUAUAUAUAUAUAUAUAUAUAAUAUAUAUAUAUAUAUAUAGAUUUAUAGUAUAUAUAGAUAUAUAUAUAGUAUAGUAUAUAUAUAUAUAUAGAUUUUAUAUAGAGAGAUAUAUAUAUAUAUAUUUGUAUAUAUAUUAUAUAUAUAUAUAUAUAUAUAUAUAUAUAUAGAUAUAUAUAUAUAUAUAUAUAUAUAUGUAUAUGUUAUAUAUAUAUUAUAUAAAAGUAUAUAUUAUAUAUAUGAAUAUAAUAUAUAUAAUAUAUAUAUAUAGUGUAUAUAUAUAUUAUAUAUAUUGUAUAUAUAUAUUAUAUAUAUCUAGAGAUCGAGAUGAUAGAAGAUAGAAGAAGAGAGAUGUGCAGAGAGAUUAGAGAUAAUGAUGAAGUCUCUCAUAUCUAAUUAAAUCUAUCUAGCUAUCAUCUAUUAUCUAUUAUAUGUAUCUCUCUCUCUCUUCUCUCUCUCUCUCUCUCUCUAUAUCUCUCUCUCUCUCUCUCUCUCGUCUCGUCUAUCUCUCUCUCUCUCUCUCUCUGUCUCUUCUAUCUUCGCUCUUCUGUCUCUCUCUCUUCUCUCUCUAGUCUCUUUUCCUUUCUCUAUCUCUCUUUCCCUCUCUCUCUCUCCCUCUCCUCCUUUUCCCCCUCUCUGUUCACAGGCGUGGAGCAUCACGUAUGUUAGCUGGCUGACGUUUGUGUUCCUGAUGUGGUCGUGUAUGUUGUGGAUGGUGAGGGAGCGUCGUCGCUACACCAUGCUAACCUCUCCCUUCAUGGUGCUGUAUGGGAACCUGCUGAUGGUGCUGCAGUACAUCUGGAGCUUUGAGCUUCUAAAGCCAGUACCUGGCCUCAUCCUCAAGAUGGACGUGCCCUUCAGCCAACUGGGUUCCAAGGUAAUUCAAUGGAACUGGAAGAAUGAACUGUUAUGUCACUGUUAUAGAACUGUCACUGUUAUAGAACUGUCACUGUCAUAGAACUGUCACUGUUAUAGAACUGUCACUGUUAUAGAACUGUCACUGUUAUAGAACUGUCACUGUUAUAGAACUGUCACUGUUAUAGAACUGUCACUCUUAUAGAACUGUCACUGUUAUAGAACUGUCACUGUUAUAGAACUGUCACUGUUAUAGAACUGUCACUCUUAUAGAACUGUCACUGUUAUAGAACUGUCACUGUUUUAGAAUGUCACUGUUAUAAACUGUCACUGUUAUAGAACUGUCACUCUUAUAGAACUGUCACUGUUAUAGAACUGUCACUCUAUAGAACUCUCACUCUUAUAGAAAAUGUCACUCUUAUAGAACUGUCACUGUUAUAGAACUGUCACUGUUAUAGAACUGUCACUCUUAUAGAACUGUCACUCUUAUAGAACUGUCACUCUUAUAGAACUGUCACUGUUAUAGAACUGUCACUGUUAUAGAACUGUCACUCUUAUAGAACUGUCACUGUUAUAGAACUGUCACUGUUAUAGAACUGUCACUGUUAUAGAACUGUCACUGUUAUAGAACUGUCACUCUUAUAGAACUGUCACUGUUAUAGAACUGUCACUGUUAUAGAACUGUCACUGUUAUAGAACUGUCACUCUUAUAGAACUGUCACUGUUAUAGAACUGUCACUCUUAUAGAACUGUCACUGUUAUAGAACUGUCACUGUUAUAGAACUGUCACUGUUAUAGAACUGUCACUCUUAUAGAACUGUCACUGUUAUAGAACUGUCACUCUUAUAGAACUGUCACUGUUAUAGAACUGUCACCCCUUAUAGAACUGUCACUGUUAUAGAACUGUCACUCUUAUAGAAACUAUCACUGUUAUAGAAAAUGUCACUGUUAUAGAACUGUCACUGUUAUAGAACUGUCACUGUUAUAGAACUGUCAUCUUAUAGAACUGUCACUCUUAUAGAACUGUCACUCUUAUAGAACUGUCACUGUUAUAGAAACUGUCACUGUUAUAGAACUGUCACUGUUAUAGAAACUGUCACUCUUAUAGAACUGUCACUCUUAUAGAACUGUCACUGUUAUAGAACUGUCACUGUUAUAGAACUGUCACUGUUAUAGAACUGUCACUGUUAUAGAACUGUCACUCUUAUAGAACUGUCACUGUUAUAGAACUGUCACUGUUAUAGAACUGUCACUGUUAUAGAACUGUCACUGUUAUAGAACUGUCACUGUUAUAGAACUGUCACUCUUAUAGAACUGUCACUUAUAGAACUGUCACUGUUAUAGAAUGUCACUGUUAUAGAACUGUCACUGUUAUAGAACUGUCACUGUUAUAGAACUGUCACUCUUAUAGAACUGUCACUGUAUAGAACUGUCACUGUUUUAGAACUGUCACUGUUAUAAACUGUCACUGUUAUAGAACUGUCACUGUUAUAAACUGUCACUCUUAUAGAACUGUCACUGUUAUAGAACUGUCACUGUUAUAGAACUGUCACUGUUAUAGAACUGUCACUGUUAUAGAACUGUCACUGUUAUAGAACUGUCACUCUUAUAGAACUGUCACUCUUAUAGAACUGUCACUCUUAUAGAACUAUCACUCUUAUAGAACUGUCACUCUUAUAGAACUGUCACUCUUAUAGAACUGUCACUCUUAUAGAACUGUCACUGUUAUAGAACUGUCACUCUUAUAGAACUGUCACUCGUUUUAGAACUGUCACUCUUAUAGAACUGUCACUGUUAUAGAACUGUCACUGUUAUAGAAACUGUCACUGUUAUAGAACUGUCACUCUUAUAGAACUGUCACUCUUAUAGAAAAUGUCAUGUUAUAGAACUGUCACUGUUAUAGAAACUGUCAUGUUAUGAACUGUCACUGUUAUAGAACUGUCACUGUUAUAGAACUGUCACUGUUAUAGAACUGUCACUGUUAUAGAACUGUCACUCUUAUAGAAAAUGUCACUCUUAUAGAACUGUCACUCUUAUAGAACUGUCACUGUUAUAGAACUGUCACGUUAUAGAACUGUCAUCUUAUAGAACUGUCACUCUUAUAGAACUGUCACUCUUAUAGAACUGUCACUGUUAUAGAACUGUCACUGUUAUAGAACUGUCAACUGUUAUAGAACUGUCACUGUUAUAGAACUGUCACUCUUAUGGAAACUGUCACUGUUAUAGAACUGUCACUGUAUAGAACUGUCACUGGUAUAGAAACUGUCACUGUUAUAGAACGGUCGUUCUUAUAGAACUGUCACUGUUAUAGAACUGUCACUGUUAUAGAACUGUCACUCUUAUAGAACUGUCAUCUUAUAGAACUGUCACUGUUAUAGAACUGUCACUCUUAUAGAACUGUCACUGUUAUAGAAAAUGUCACUCUUAUAGAACUGUCACUCUUAUAGAAACUGUCACUCUUAUAGAACUGUCACUGUUAUAGAACUAUCACUGUUAUAGAACUAUCACUGUUAUAGAACUGUCACUCUUAUAGAACUGUCACUCUUAUAGAACUGUCAUUGUUAUAGAACUGUCACUGUUAUAGAACUGUCACUGUUAUAGAACUGUCACUCUUAUAGAACUGUCACUCUUAUAGAACUGUCACUCUUAUAGAACUGGCACUCUUAUAGAACUGUCACUCUUAUAGAACUGUCACUGUUAUAGAACUGUCACUGUUAUAGAACUGUCACUCUUAUAGAACUGUCACUGUUAUAGAACUGUCACUCUAUAGAAACUGUCACUCUUAUAGAACUGUCACUGUUAUAGAAAAUGUCACUGUUAUAGAACUGUCACUCUUAUAGAACUGUCACUGUUAUAGAACUGUCACUGUUAUAGAACUGUCACUGUUAUAGAACUGUCACUCUUAUAGAACUGUCACUGUUAUAAACUGUCACUCUUAUAGAAAAUGUCACGUUAUAGAACUGUCACUGUUAUAGAACUGUCACUGUUAUAGAACUGUCACUGUUAUAGAACUGUCACUGUUAUAGAACUGUCACUGUUAUAGAACUGUCACUGUUAUAGAACUCUCACUCUUAUAGAACUGUCACUCUUAUAGAACUGUCACUCUUAUAGAACUGUCACUCUUAUAGAACUGUCACUGUUAUAGAACUGUCACUGUUAUAGAACGUCACUGUAUAGAACUGUCACUCUUAUAGAACUGUCACUCUUAUAGAACUGUCACUGUUUUAGAACUGUCUCUCUUAUAGAACUGUCACUGUUAUAGAACUAUCACUGUUAUAGAACUGUCACUGUUAUAGAACUGUCACUCUUAUAGAACUGUCACUUUAUAGAACGGUCACUCUUAUAGAACUGUCACUCUUAUAGAACUGUCACUCUUAUAGAACUGUCACUGUUAUAGAACUGUCACUGUUAUAGAACUGUCACUGUUAUAGAACUGUCACUCUUAUAGAACUGUCACUCUUAUAGAACUGUCACUGUUAUAGAACUGUCACUCUUAUAGAACUGUCACUCUUAUAGAACUGUCACUGUUAUAGAACUGUCACUGUUAUAGAACUGUCACUGUUAUAGAACUGUCACUCUUAUAGAACUGUCACUCUUAUAGAAGUCAUUUAGAACUCACUGUUAUAGAACUGUCACUUAAGAACUGCACUUUAUAGAACUGUCACUUAUAGAACUGUCACUUAUAGAACUGUCACUGUUAUAGAACUGUCACUGUUAUAGAACUGUCACUGUUAUAGAACUGUCACUGUUAUAGAACUGUCACUGUUAUAGAACUGUCACUGUUAUAGAACUGUCACUGUUAUAGAACUGUCACUCUUAUAGAACUGUCACUCUUAUAGAACUGUCACUCUUAUAGAACUGUCACUCUUAUAGAACUGUCACUCUUAUAGAACACUCACCAAUGUGUAAGUCGCUCUGGAUAAGAGCGUCUGCUAAAUGACGUAAAUGUAAAUGUUUAUUGUGGAACUGCUGACUAUGUGAAAGUACUGCAACUGUUGCAUUUAGGACCAGGUCUCUUGUAAAAGACAAUUCAUCUUAUUGAGGCAACUGGGAACAUUAAAGUAUAUGUCUUUAUGCUAAUGAUUGAAAGUAUGAUCAUCUCUGUCUUUAUGUCCAGAUUUCUGUGUUUCUGGUAAAAGUGAUUUUGUCUUAUGUUGUGAGUUACAUUAAAGGAGUUCUGCUUUCUGUCUCUAGAUCCUGUGUCAGUAAUGAUGUCUGUUAUCUGUCUCUAGAUCCUGUGUCUGUGAGCUUCUGGCUGCUGCUGAGACAGACUCUGACAGAGAGACAGGAGCAGCGGAGAGAGGAGGCUGUUAUACUCACUGAUGUACAUGUGGAUGACCAACCCAAGAAGAAGGGUCAGAACUAAUAUCACAGCUGCUCAAUAAUACACUAUGCUUUGUAUUUGUAUUUAUUAUGGAUCCUCAUUAGUUCCUGCCAAGGCAGCGGCUACUCUUCCUGGGGUUUAUUAAGGAUCCCCUUUAGUCUGCCAAGGCAGCGGCUACUCUUCCUGGGGUUUAUUAUGGAUCCCCCAUUAGUUCCUGCCAAGGCAGCGGCUACUAUUCCUGGGGGUUUAUUAUGGAUCCCCAUUAGUUCCUGCCAAGGCCUGCGGCUACUAUUCCUGGGUUUAGUAUGGAUCCCCAUUAGUUCCUGCCAAGGCAGGGCGCGCUACUCUUCCUGGGGUUUAUUAUGGAUCCCCAUAGUUCCUGCCAAGGCAGCGGCUAAUCUUACUGGGGUUAUUAUGGAUCCCCAUUAGUUACUGCCAAGGCAGCAGCUAUCUUCCGGGGGUUUAUUAUGGAUCCCUAUUAGUUCCUGCCAAGGCAGCGGCUACUCUUCCUGGGGGUUUAUUAUGGAUCCCCAUUAGUUCCUGCCAAGGGCAGCGGCUACUCUUCCUGGGGUUUUAUGGAUCCCCAUUAGUUCCUGCCAAGGCAGCGGCUACUCUUCCUGGGGUUUAUUAUGGAUCCCCAUUAGUUCCUGCCAAGGCAGCGGCUACUCUUCCUGGGGUUUAUUAUGGAUCCCCAUUAGUUCCUGCCAAGGCAGCGGCUACUCUUCCUGGGGUUUAUUAUGGAUCCCCAUUAGUUCCUGCCAAGGCAGCAGCUACUCUUCCUGGGGUUUAUUAUGGAUCCCCAUUAGUUCCUGCCAAGGCAGCAGCUACUCUUCCUGGGGUUUAUUAUGGAUCCCCAUUAGUUCCUGCCAAGGCAGCAGCUACUCUUCCUGGGGUUUAUUAUGGAUCCCCAUUAAUUCCUGCCAAGGCAGCAGCUACUCUUCCUGGGGUUUAUUAUGGAUCCCCAUUAGCUGCCCUGUUCUGGGCACAUUUAAGGGCCAGCCAUGCUGCCCUGUUCUGGGCACAUUUAAGGGCCAGCCGUGCUGUCCUGUUCUGGGCCAUUUAAAGGCCAGCCGUGCUGCCCUGUUCUGGGCCAUUUAAGGGCCAGCCGUGCUGCCCUGUUCUGGGCCAUUUAAAGGCCAGCCGUGCUGCCCUGUUCUGGGCACAUUUAAGGGCCAGCCGUGCUGUCCUGUUAGCCCGCUGAGCUAAAGGGUCAGAACUAACAUUACAGCUGCUCAAUAAUACACUAUGUUUUAUCAUGCGUGACCAACUGGAUUCAAACCUGGGUUUCCUGCCUGCCACAAGACUGUGUUAGCCCACUUAGCUAAAGCUUAGGCAUCCAAGUUUAGGGCAGCAGGUAGCCUAGCGGUUGGAGUGUUGGGCCAGUAACCGAAAUGUCGCUGGUUCAAAUACCCGAGCCGACAAGGUGAAAUAUCUGUCAAUGUGCCCUUGAGCAAGGCACUUAACUCUAAUUUGCUCCAGGGUUACUGUACUACUAUGGCAGACCCUGUAAAACAAGACAUAUCACUGCACCUAUCCAGUGUAUGUGACAAUAAAACAUGUAUUUUAUAAUUGAUUUUUUUGCUCACGGAGCUAAAACAGGUCUUCAGGUCUCAGGCAACGCUAGCACAGGAAUAACAUUAUAGCAAAUGCAAAUGAUGCGACAAUAUCCUGUCAUCCACACUGCAAUUGUUUUUCAAGUAGGGCCACUUACCUACUAUCUCCUCUCUGUGUGGGUAACCUUGUUUAUAGAGGAAGAGGAGGAUGAGGAGGGAGUGGAGCAGGACAUCAUGCAGGUUCUGGGGAACAUGGUGAUGGAGAUGCUGGUGAAAUACUGGAUCUAUAUCUGUGGAGGAAUGUUCUUCCUCGUCAGCUUCGAGGGACGCAUGGUCAUCUACAAGAUCAUCUACAUGAUGCUAUUCCUCUUCUGUGUGGCUGCAGAUUCACACAACACAAACAAAAAACACUACAGAGUGCACAACACAGUACACACAACAAGAACAAACACAACACAAUAAACACACACACAAAACCAACACAACACAGAUACACAACAACACAACAAUACACACACAACACACACACAGAUACACACACAAACACACAACACAACACACACAACAACACCACACACAAACACACACAAUACACACAAAAACACACAGAUAACAACACAACACACAGUACACACACACACAGAACACACACAAACACAACAGAUACACACACACACACACAGAUAACACACACACAAACACCACACAAAGAUACACACACACACAACACACACACAUACACACAGAUAACACAACACACAGAUACACACACACACACACAAACAGAUACAACACACAACAACACACAACAGAUACACACACACACAAAACAGAUACACACACACACACAAUACAGAUACACACACACACAAACAGAUACACACACAACACACACCACACACACACAAUACAGAUACACACACACACACAUACAGAUACACACACAUACAGAUACACACACACACACACAUACACACACACACAUACAGAUACACACACACACACACAGACACACACACACAUACAGAUACACACACACAUACACGCACGCACGCACACACGCACACAGACACACACACACACACACGCACACACUCACACUCACACGCACACGCACGCACGCACACACACACACACACACACACACUAUAGCCUAUUUAUUGCCUUACCUCCAUAACUUACUACAUUUGCACACACUGUAUAUAGAUUUUCUAUUGUAUUUUUCACUGUACGUUUUGUUUUACCCCAUAUAUAACUCUGUGUUGUUGUUGUUUUUAUCGCACUGCUUUGCUUUAUCUUGGCCAGGUCGCAGUUGUAAAUGAGAACUUGUUCUCAACUGGCUUACCUGGUUAAAUAAAGGUGAAAUAAAAAAUAAUUAAUACACACACACACACACACACAUACUCUCCAACUCAAACUACAGAGUAGAGGAUUCCAGUGAUGUUAUCCAGCAAUAAGUAGCAACAAAAAGUUGACAUUAGACAGCCAUGUUAACUGCUACUGUAUGGAAGCCUUGUUCUGGAUGAAAAAUAAACCAGUGGAAAGACAACUGUCUCCUCCACCCACCUCUUUCACAACUCUAAACUAGCCAAUAUAUACACACAGGAUGGUCACGCGUUAAUCCCUCACUCAAUGAUCUGGUCACGCGUUAAUCCCUCACUCAAUGAUCUGGUCACGCGUUAAUCCCCAUCACUCAAUGAUGACUGUCACGCGUUAAUCCCUACUCAAUGAUCGGUCACGCGUUAAUCCCUCACUCAAUGAUCUGGUCACGCGUUAAUCCCUCACUCAAUGAUCUGGUCACGCGUUAAUCCCUCACUCAAUGAUCUGGUCACGCGUUAAUCCCUCACUCAAUGAUCUGGUCACGCGUUAAUCCCUCACUCAAUGAUCUGGUCACGCGUUAAUCCCUCACUCAAUUAUCUGGUCACGCGUUAAUCCCUCACUCAAUGAUCUGGUCACGCGUUUAUCCCUCACUCAAUGAUCUGGUCACGCGUUAAUCCCUCACUCAAUGAUCUGGUCACGCGUUAAUCCCUCACUCAAUGAUCUGGUCACGCGUUAAUCCCUCACUCAAUGAUCUGGUCACGCGUUAAUCCCUCACUCAAUGAUCUGGUCCGCGUAUCCUCAAUGAUCGGGUCCGCGUUAAUCCCUCACUCAAUGAUCUGGUCACGCGUUAAUCCCUCACUCAAUGAUCUGGUCACGCGUUAAUCCCUCACUCAAUGAUCUUGGCAAGACAACACAGUAAGAGGGAUGACGGUCACUGUCCCCCCAGCUCAACCUGUGUAGGUUGUCCCCAUCUGUUCCCAUCUGACCUGUGUCUGUAGGUUGUCCCAAUCUGUUCCCAUCUGACCUGUGUCUGUGGGUUGUCCCCCAUCUGUUCCCAUCUGACCUGUGUCUGUAGGUUGUCCCCAUUGGUACCCAUCUGACCUGUCUGUAGGUUGUCCCCAUCUGUUCCCAUCUAACAUGAUGUGUGUGUUGUCUCCAGGUGCACUAUGAGUAUUGGAGGAGGAUCCUGAAGUACUUCUGGAUGUCUGUGGUGGUCUACACCAUGCUGGUCCUCAUCCUGGUCUACACCUUUCAGUUUGACACCUCCCCACCCUUCUGGUCUAACAUUACUGGAAUGAGCAAAGUGAAGUGAGUCGUAGUAGCAGCCCUCCUAACCCUAAAGAACUAACUGAUAUCAAGAUAUCCUCUGAUAUCCUGCUGAUAUCCUGUGAUAUCCUCUGAUAUCCUUUACCAUACUCAGACAGCCUACAUGUUUCUGUAUGUCCAGUUAUGUCCAGUUAUGUCCAGAUAUGUCCAGAUAUGUCCAGAUAUGCCUAGAUAUGCCCAGUUAUGUCCAGAUAUGUCCAGAUAUGUCCAGAUAUGUCCAGAUAUGCCCAUAUAUGUCCAGAUAUGUCCAGAUAUGCCCAGAUAUGUCCAGAUAUGUCCAGAUAUGUCCAGAUAUGCCCAGAUAUGUCCAGAUAUGUCCAGUUAUGUCCAGAUAUGCCCAGAUAUGCCCAGAUAUGCCCAGAUAUGUCCAGAUACAUCCAGAUACGUCCAGAUACGUCCAGAUAUGCCCAGAUAUGUCCAGAUAUGUCCAGAUAUGUCCAGAUAUGUCCAGAUAUGCCCAAUAUGUCCCAGAUAUGUCCAGAUAUGCCCAGAUAGCCCAGAUAUGUCCAGAUAUGUCCAGAUAUGCCAGAUAUGCCCAGAUAUGUCCAGUAUGUCCAGUUAUGUCCAGAUAUGUCCAGAUAUGCCCAGAUAUGCCCAGAUAUGCCCAGAUAUGUCCCAGAUAUGUCCAGAUAUGUCCAGAUAUGCCCAGAUAUGCCCAGAUAUGCCCAGAUAUGUCCAGAUAUGCCCAGAUAUUCCCAGAUAUGCCCAGAUAUGCCCAGAUACAUCCAGAUACGUCCAGAUACGUCCAGAUAUGCCCAGAUAUGUCCAGAUAUGUCCAGAUAUGCCCAGAUAUGCCCAGAUAUGCCCAGAUAUGCCAGAUAGCGAUAUGCCCGAUAUGCCCAGAUAUGCCAGAUAUGUCCAGGUAUGUCCAAUAUGUCCAGUAUGUCCAGAUAGUCCAGAUAUGCCCAGAUAUGCCCGAUUGCCAGAUAUCCCAAGUUAUGUCCAGAUAUUCCAGUAUGUCCCGAUAUGUCCAGAUAGGUACCGAUAGCAGAUAUGCCCGUAGCCGAAUUUCAGAUAUGUCCAGAUAUGCCAGUAUGCCCGAUUACCAAAUCCAUAUAUCCAGAUAUGUCCAGAUAUGUCCAGAUACGUCCAGAUACGUCCAGAUAUGCCCAGAUAUGCCCAUCCAGUACCAAGCUAGAGGAUACCCAGACAAUCAUUGCUUCAUAUGGACCAUAACAGUUGUCAUAGAAUGAUCUCUCUCUGCACCCCCCCCCCCCCCCCCCCCCCCCCCCCCCUUCCUCCCCCCCCGCCCUCCUCUCUCUCUCCAGACUGGAGGACCUGGGGUUAGAGACGUUCUCUGUACCGAUGCUCUUCACACGUAUCUUCAUCCCCACCUCCUUCCUCCUAGUGUGUAUCCUCCAUCUUCACUACUUCCACGACCGCUUCCUCCUGCUCACUGACCUGAAGGCUGUGGCCCAAAAACAGGACAGCGCCAUCUACAGGUGAGACUGGGUGACUGACUGUGUUAGCCCACUGAGCUAAAGUUUAGGACUAGGUGUUAAUACAGGGAGAUAACAUGAGUCUCAGCACCAUCGACUGGGAUUUGAACCCUGGGUUGUGUUAGCCCACUGAGCUCAAGUUAUUAAUGUGGGGAGCUAACUUGAGUCACAGCUGCAUUUCUAGAUGAGCUGUGUGUGUGACUGGGGUUCGAACCCUGGUACGUCUCUAGACUGUGUUAACCCACUGAGCUUAAGUCUAGGUGUUUGUGUGGGGAGGCAACCUGAGUCUUCAGGUCGUCUCAGGCAAAGUUCCAGCUACAACUGUACUGAGUUGCAUUAGUUUUGCUUUCCCGUUCAAUCUUUCUGA